AAAGAGCUGGCCGCUUGUCCUUCACAGUGCGUAAAGCACACACUAAAAGGCACCCUGGAAAAUGAUAGCUGAUUCUCUGGUCAGUGCAUAAUAAUGUAUUAACAUUGUACAACGUUGCAAGUCCUUUGCAAAGUAUGAUAUACAUUGUUAUAUUAACAUAAAAUGUUUGACAUAAUUAAGGUUAAUAAGAUUAAUCAAUUCCUAUGUCGUAUUAAGUAAGAUGAAGUCUUUCCCCACUAUUAACUAAGUCCAGUUAAUUACAGAUACAGAUUUAUCUCCUUGUUGCUCAACAGACAUUUCAGAUUAACACAGAAGUAAUCUGCCAAAUCCACCCCACUGGCCACUCUCUUUAAUCCAGAUAAAUCGUGCUUAGAUUUAAAAGGCAGCCAUCCAGUGGCUGGCGGGUCCAUCUAGGUCCAGUGUUUCCUGGGUAGGUGCCCCUCUCACCUCCUACUGCUAUCAAGUAUGGGCAACAGUAACAGCAGUGCGCUGUCCAAGGAACUCCUGGAGGAACUCAAGCUGAACACCAAGUACAGCGAGGUGGAGCUGUGUGCUUGGUACCAGACCUUCUUGAAGGAGUGCCCAAGUGGCAGGAUCAGCAGGGAGCAGUUUGAGAGCAUCUACGCCAGCUUUUUUCCCGACGCCGACCCAAAAGCUUAUGCACAGCAUGUCUUUAGGAGCUUUGACUCCAACAGUGACGGUACCCUGGAUUUCAAAGAAUACAUGGUGGCACUGCAUCUGACGUCAUCAGGGCAGACUAUGCAGAAGCUGGAGUGGGCGUUUUCCCUGUAUGACGUUGAUAGGAAUGGCAUCGUAAGCAAAAACGAAAUCCAGGAAAUUGUGACGUCAAUAUUCAAUAUGAUAUCUGAAGAAGAUAAAAAGAACCUUCCAGAUGAAGAAAAUACACCAGAAAAAAGAACAGAUAAGAUAUGGGAUUUAUUUGGAAAAAAAGAAAAUGAUAAAAUAUCCGAAGGUGAGUUUAUUCAGGGAGUCUUGGACAAUAAAGAAAUUCUAAGGCUGAUCCAGUUUGACAAACCACAGAAAGUCCAAGAGAGGCUAAAGGAGAAGAAGCAAUAGUUUCUGGAGACAUUCUUUUAAGUGCAUCGAUGUUUUUACUAUGGUUUAUAUUUGGACUGUUUGCAUACUUUACUGAUCUGUUCAUCAUCAUACUUCUUAGAUUAAUUACUUAAUAAUCCCCAACUCUAUGGAGUCUCUGAUCUUAUUAAUAAACAUUCUGCCACUCUUACAAGCUUACACUCAUGUUUUGUAGUGCUGUUCGAUGCUUUUUUGAAUUUCGGCUGUCAUUGCUUUUAAGUACUAGACCUGCUGUUCCCCUUCAGUUAUAUACUUUCUACUAUCCAAGCAACUAAAACAAUGAAUACACUAUUCAAAAACAUGACAUGGUAUGAAAAAAAUAAUCAGUGAUUAGUGAUCAACACCAGUCCGCAACACUAUAAGGUUCGGCAAAAGGCUGCAUAAAAGACUCUCUCAAUAUGUUCCAAUUUCUAGAAUUUCCCCCUAAACAAUAAGUACCCCACAAGAAAGGUCAGCUGUGAUUUACAUGUCACUGCAACCUUAUAUAGCACUGU